AUGGUACUGUUGGAGAAGCAAUGGGUCAAUGUCCAGGAGAAGACCUUCACCAAAUGGCUCAAUAACAAAAUAUCUUCGAGAGAUGUCGCAGUCAAAUCGCUCGUUACAGACCUCGCGGACGGUAUCAUCCUUAUACAUCUGUUAGAAGUCCUUAGCAAUGACUCACUCGGCCGUUAUGCCUCCAAUCCGCGCCUCCGGGUCCAGAAAUUCGAAAAUGUCAACAAGUCGCUGGAAUUCAUCAAGAGCCGUGGCAUCUUGAUGACAAACAUAGGCGCCGAAGAUGUUGUGGAUGGAAACAGAAAGAUCAUAUUGGGUCUAAUAUGGACCCUCAUUCUACGCUUCACUAUUUCCGAUAUUAAUGAGGAGGGCAUGACUGCCAAAGAGGGUCUGCUAUUGUGGUGUCAGCGAAAAACCGCAUGUUAUGAAGGGGUCGAGGUCCGAGACUUUUCGACAUCCUGGAAUAAUGGAUUGGCUUUCUGUGCAUUGUUGGAUAUUCAUCGACCUGAUCUAAUUGAUUUUGACACCUUGGACAAGUCGGAUCACAGGGGUAAUAUGCAACUGGCGUUCGAUAUCGCGUCAAAAGAAAUCGGAAUACCCGCCCUUUUAGACGUUGAGGACGUGGCCGAUGUCCCUCGGCCUGAUGAACGAUCACUCAUGACAUAUAUUGCUUAUUGGUUUCACGCUUUUAGCGCAAUGGAAAAGGUUGAGAAUGCAGGUCGGCGGGUGGAAAAAUUCGUCUCCAACAUGCAAGGUGCCUGGGAGAUGGAGUCCGCCUAUGAGAAGAGAAUGCGUGCUUUAUUGCAGUACAUCAGACAACAGAGACAUGCAUGGCACAAUUCAACAUUCCAAGGGACAUACGCGGAUGCGAAAGCCCAGGCAAAUGAUUUGGCGGGCUUCAAACGGAACCAGAAGCGGAAAUGGGUUGCUGAGAAAUCGGAUCUGGCCGCGCUCCUCGGUAACAUCAAGACCAAACUUUUGACAUAUCGUUUGCGACCCUAUGUGCCACCCUCUGAGCUCCGCUUCGAGGUCCUGGAUCAGGAAUGGGCAGCGUUGGGUACUGAUGAACAUGCCCGAAGUAAGCUGAUCAACGAGACCAUCCGGGACAUCAAGAACGGAUUGAGGCGGAGCUUUGCUGACAAGGCUAAUGACUUCGCUCUGACACUUAACACCUUGUCCCUUGCCGUGUCUGGCCUGGAGGGCGAUGUCGAAGAUCAACUCCAACACGCGCAACGACUUUCGGCCAACUUGGCACCUCUAGAACAAUAUCUGGAAGGAAUAGCUAUCCUGGACGAAAAGUGUCAAGAAGCCAACAUCGACGAGAAUGAUUUCACCACAUACACUUAUGACGAACUGCUGUACGAGUUGAGCUUGGUGAAGACCAGCGUGCAGAAGAAACUCACCUUCCUUGAAAACCAAAUGGUGGCCCGCAACAUGACGAAUCUAACCCCAAUCCAAUUGGAAGAAUUUGAGUCGGUCUUUCGGCAUUUCGACCGAGACGGCACCAAUGCAUUACAAGAAUUAGAAUUCAGCGCAGCCCUGGCGAGUCUGGGGCUGGUCUACGACGAGCAAGAGAUGCAUGAGAAGUUCCAGGAGGUCUGUCACACCGGUAUUGAUAGAUCCAUGUCCCCUGUGUCGAGGCGACAAAGAGAAAGCCAUGGAGUUGGAUUCGAGCAGUUUAUUCGAUUCAUGGUGUUAGUGACAGAAGAUCAAAACAGCGCCGAUCAAGUCUUCCAAUCCUUCCGUGAAGUGGCGGAUGGGAAGCCUUACGUGACAGAAAUGGAUCUGAGGCAUUCAUUGAUCCCUGAAGAACUUAUUGAGGAUCUUCUUCAAAGUAUGCCCCAGCACAAAGGGCCAGAUAUGGAAGCAGAUCGAAACGUGCCGAAAUAUGACUAUAUCUCAUUCAUGCAGGGCAUGAUUGGUGAUGGCCACCAUGAAUCUGACAGCGAUAGUGAGGGAGGAAGAAGCGGCUCCAACAGCGUCACUACGCCGACUACGCCCAGGAGGUAA